UGUUGCCGCUGAGAUACAAGUAAAACUAGCGUGUGCUGCAGUGUGUGAGAGGACAGGAAAAACAGUGGGGGCUCAACAAAAGCAGCGGAUGUAGCAGGUUCUUAGGCAAGGCCCCCACUGAUGAGAGCCUCUGGCUGUGGGCCAGGCUCAGGUGGCCACAGAAAACUAACAGCACAGCCCCGAGCUGAACCGCAAGCCUCUGCCCCACCGUCCCCGGCUCAGAGCAAAGCAGAAACUUGAAGCAGACGCUGCUCCGCAAAAGCAGUGCCCCAAAAGAUGCUGGGGCAGGCGCCAUGGGCAAGGCUGUCUCCUUCUGGCUGUGCGAUCCUGCUGUUGGUGCUCUGUGGCAGCAUGAGCUCCCAGGACAUCUGCAGCUCCCCAGGUACUCGUGAGUCCUUCCCUCCCAGACCCAGGGCACUUGGAAGCCCAACCACUGUGAGCUCUGCCCUAUGGCAGCCCUUCACUGCUGUGUCUCCUGCAGGGGAUCUCCAAGCUCCUGCUCUCCAAAUGAACUCAACUUCUGCUCAGCCAGGUACCAGAGUUGUGCUCCAGUGUAUUCUCCCUGUGGUGUCACAUGCAAGACGAAUCAUCUUCUGCAAGGAUGGGACGGAGGAGUACAGCCAGAAAGCCCAGCAAGGGCAGCUGAGCUAUUCCGUGGUCCUGAACAUCACAUCAGGAAGUGCAGGAAAAUAUACAUGUGGGUACCAGGCGCUGAAUGAGAAGAAACAUAUGAGUUCUGCCCUCAGUGCUUGCCAAAUCCUGGAUGUCCCUGGUGCAGGUGCUGGCGUGACCACCCAGGACAUCGGCAGCUCCCCAGGCAAUGUGGUGAGCUCCCCAGCAAGUCCAUCAUCACCAGCUCCACAUAACUGGAUCCCGCACGCCCUCCCCACAGGCAUGGUGCUGGCAGUGGCGGCCGUCAGCCUCGUCCUCCUGGCUGCAGGCAGCUGGUUUGCCAUCAGGAAAGGUGCCUGCAGAGGGAGAUGCCCAAGGCAGCAGCACGUUGACGGACCACAGAUGGAAACCACAGACAACGGCGAAGUCACAUACUCCACCAUUGCCCACGUUCGACGGGACAGGCCUCGUCCCAUGCAGCACAUGAGCGACACCACGACGUAUGCCACAGUGAGCCGCACCCAGACCCGAUAGCGCUGCCACAGGGCAAGGGCACAGGAGCCUUGUCCACAGCCGCCUUUGCUCUCCUGCAGAGUUCUUGUGCAGUCAUAUCAUGGGGUUGAGGGUUGCACUUUGGGCAUCUCUGGAAUUUGCUGUCACAGGGAACGGCUGUGUUUGUCUAGCCAAGAGGAUGAAGGACUCAUAUUUCUUUUUGCAAUGAAUUAAUACCUCUAAAAUAUGUCAGGUGUACCAAGUAAUAAUAUGAGUGUAUCAAUGCUUUUUUUUCAUGUGAAACCAUCUCCCUGUGCUCACUGGAAAUUAUGUAUUCCUAAACUGCAUGAUAAAGUCACAGGGCUGCUCUUCCAUGCACCCACACAGAUGGACAUUUGGACCUAUAGGGACCUAUAGGGACCGGUAUCACUGCAGGGAGGUGCUUGCAUGUGUCUGAGAAUUGGCAUGUGCGCUGGAGAUGUCGUUUUGUUUAGAAGAAAAAUAAAAAUCUCUGGAUGUCCAUAAAUCCACGGGUCACGAUGGGAUACUCAAGAUGCUCAUGCCAGGAGCUGAGGGAGUUGGAGGAAGUCAUUGCUAGGCCAUUAUCCAUUAUCCGUGGUAAGUAAUGGGCAUCAGGAAAGUUGCCUGAGGACUGAAGGAAAGCAAAUUUUACUCCAGUCUUCCAAAGGGGAAAGAAGGAUGACCCAGGUAACUAUAGACCAGUCAGCCUCACCUCCAUCCCUGCAAAGCUGAUGGAACAACUUAGCGUUGGCAUUGUCUCCAGGCAUAUCAAGGAUAAAAGUGUCAUUAGGGGCAGUCAACAUGGUUUCACCAAGGGGAAGUAAUGCUUGACCGAACUGAGAGCCUUUUAUGAGGAUAUAGGUGGGAGGAUAGAUGAUAUUAAAGCAGUGGAUGUGGUCUAUCUUGAUUUCAGUAAAGCCUUUGACACCAUCUCCCACAGCAUCCUUGCAGCUAAACUGAAGAAGUGUGGUCAGGACGAUCAGGUAGUGAGGUGGACUGUGAUCUUUCUGAAGGGAAGAAGCCAGAGGGUUGUGGUCAAUGGGGUGGAUGCGAGUUGGAGGCCUGUAUCUGGUGGAGUCCC